CGGGCGGGCGGGCGGGCGGCGCCGCGUUCCGGGCGAUGGGGCCGAGCCCCGGCGCGGCGGGGCGGCCGCGCUGCACCUGCGCUGCCCUCGCCCGGCCCGGCCGCCCGGCGCGCUGACCGGCCGCGCCAUGCCCCUGUGGCCCUCCCGGCGCCUCGUCCUCGCCGCGCUGCUGCUCGUCCUGCUCUGGACCCUCCUGGGCCCCUACGGCAUCGGCGAGGAGCUGCUGAGCCUCACGCUGCCCUCGCUGCUGCCCGGCCCCGCCUCGCCGGGACCCCCGCUGGCCCUGCCGAGCUUCCUCAUCGCCAACGAAGGGGCCUGCGGGGGUCCCGGCGCCCCGCCCUUCCUGCUCAUCCUCGUGUGCUCCGCGGUGGACCACCUGAACCAAAGGAACGCCAUCCGGGCCUCGUGGGGCGGGCUGCGCCAGGCCCGGGGGCUCCGGGUGCGGACCCUCUUCCUGCUGGGCCAGCCGGGCCCGGGACACCCCGCCGGGGCUGCCCAGGAGGCGCUGGAGCAGGAGUCGGCGGCCAAGGGGGACAUCCUGCAGGCCGCCUUCCUGGACACCUACCGCAACCUCACGCUCAAGACCCUCAGUGGGCUCAACUGGGCUGACAAACACUGCCCCGCGGCCCGCUACAUCCUCAAGACCGACGACGACGUGUUCGUGAACGUCCCCGAGCUGGUAUCGGAGCUGGUCCGGCGAGGCGGCCGGUGGGCGCGCUGGGAGACGGGCCCCGAGCCCCGGACAGAGGCUGCGGCUGCAGAGGACCGGGGGCGUGGCGCACAGCCCAUGGUGGGGGCCCCGCGGGUGCCGCUCCUGUACCUGGGCCGUGUGCACUGGCGCGUGUACCCCUCUAGGGCAUCGGGGAGCAAGCACCGGGUCGCUGAGGAACAGUGGCCGACUGCCCGCGGCGCCUUUCCAGCCUACGCCUCGGGCACCGGGUACGUCCUGUCCGCCUCUGCCGCGCAGCUGGUCCUGAACAUGGCCAGCCAGGUGCCAGCCCUGCCACUGGAGGAUGUCUUUGUCGGCGUGAGUUCCAGCCGCGGCGGCCUCACUCCCACCCACUGUGUCAGGCUGGCGGGAGCCACCCACUACCCCCUGGACCAGUGCUGCUAUGGGAAGAUCCUGCUGACCUCUCACAAGUUAGACCCCUGGACCAUGGAAAAGGCCUGGAAGCUGGUGAGUGGCUAUAAGGAAGAAAGGACUGCCCCCUUCUGCUCCUGGUACCAGCGGACCCUGGGCAUUGCCCGGUGCCGGCUCAUGGCCUGGCUUCACAGCUGAGAGCCUGGGCCGUGGGACCCCCUUACACUACCAUAAUCUCCCCGAUGGGCUGGGUUAGUCACCACCUCCCAGCAGAUACUGCAGUGUCUGAGCCAGGAAUACAAGAGAAACCCGGCGCCUGGCCUGGGUUAUCCGGAAGAAACCAAUCUUGUAAAAAGC